GACCCCAUCACACCCCGAUGCCGAAACUACGCCUGCCGCCGCUACCGCCGCCGGCAGAAUGGCGUACGAUGAUCCCGCGCGCGAGCGCGAUCGAGACGAGCGCAGGCAUGCGCGAGUCGGUCAAGCGGCACUACCUGACCAACCCGACGAUCGCGAACCAGUUCGUGCGGCACCUGGGGCUGCGGGACAACGAGGUGGUGAUUGACGCGUAUGCGUCGACGGGCAUCAUGACGCGCGCGCUGCUCGCCGGCGGGCGGGAUACCACCACGCCAAAGGACUGGGCCAAGGUCGCGGCAGAGGUCGGGCCGAUUGGCGCGCAGAUGGGCAAGACGAAGCGCCGCAACUCGGGCCAGUUCACCUUCCCCCCCUGGGACGUUGCGCACGCCGUGCCCGCCAAGAUCCCGCCGAAAGAGAACGGCGAGAAGGCGCGCACGCCCGUGCUGGUGGUCGCGAACGACCCGGCCGUCAACCAGCUGUCGCGAGGACUGGGGUUCGACCCGGACUGGGCGCCGCCCAACUCGUGGGACUUCAACCACCAGCAGGACGCCGAGCGGAUGAAGGACUUUCCCAAGCGCGCGGCCGACCGCGACAUGACGCGCAUCUACCCCUCGCAGCUCGACGACCGGCUCAAGUUUAGCAUCUCGUCCCCGUUUUUGUGGGACACGGUGCCCGGGAUCCUGUCGAGCCCCGAGGUAUGGCCCAAGCUGCCGGUGUACGACGCCGACAAGACGGGCGUCGAGGCCACCAAGCGGCCCUGGCUGGCCAUGGCGCCGCCGAUCACGUUCGUCGCGUCCGUCCCCGACACUACGCUCGGCGAGCAGAUGGUGUCCCAGUGGAUCACGACGGUUGUCGGGUCAGACGAGUACGGCCGCUCGUGGCUGUGGCAGUGGGGCCGGGUGCGCGUCGCGCUGCUGGUGACGCAGAGCGUGUACGAUCGUAUCAUGGCGCAAAGCGGCGAGACGAUCCGCGGAAAGCUCAGCGUGCUCGCCCAGGCCCUGUUCCACAUCCGGCCCCUGCCGCCGUACCACCACGUGCCGGACGUCGACAAGCGCUCCAAGCGGACCUACACCGACAUGGACUGGCGCGAGCGCAGCGCCAAGCAGCCGCGGUCGAGCAACACGAUUGCUGCCCCGCCCCCGACCACGGAAGUGACGCUCACGCGCCGCGACGACUGGUUCCCGCCCGCGCACCGCUCGCGCAUGGUCGCUGCGGACGGCGAGGCGCUCGUGCUCGACCCGAAGAAGCGCCCGCCAAAGAGCGAGGUCAUCGACCGCCCGCUGCUCCUCGGCCUCGAGCUGCUGCCGCGCACUGACCCGCUAGUGCUGCCUGAGACCCGCGACUCGUGGGAGUACGUCCUCCGCAAGCUCUUCGUGCGCGAGAGCCAGCCGCUGUCCGUCGUGCUGCCGAGCCUCGCGUUCGGCGCCGAGAAUUUGCUCGACAAGAUCGAGGCAGAGGACAGCCCGUACGCUGGCCGCGCCGUGUCGCGGACCACCACGGUGCGCAACCUCGAGAUUGAGGAGUGGCACCGUAUCGUCGACACGUUUGACAAGUGGGCCUUUAGGCCAGAGAACCUCAUCAUGGACUCGAGGAUUGACGCCGACGAGGGCCGCCAUGUUGGCACGUCGAUCUAGGCGGCAACAUACCGCUGGACUGGAGCACACCCACCCCGCACACAUAUAUCUCGCAUUUGUAUACCCAUC